AAGGUAUAGAACGGUCUCCUAUGGUGACAAUCUGCAAAUGAAGCAGCUUGGAUGGAGGAAAAAAUACAAAUGGAGCUAGCUAGCUAGCUAACCAACGAGUUAAGAUACCCUUGAUGUAAAGGCGCAGCAAAAUUUUCCUCGAAUUAAAUGCUCAGCCGUGAACAGGGAUCAACGUGUCUUCAAAACAGACUCAACAACUAGCUGCAUUUGUUUAUUUAUUUUGAAAGUAUUUCUUGUGCGUGGACAGUGCGGUGGAGUGACUGUCCAGCUAGCUAGCCAGCCAGUUAGCUUGCGCUACGCCCAAGCUAGCCAGUUCUGUAGAACCGCGGCGGCACACUGGUGUUGUGUCGACGCAUUCAGUUGCAAUCAAAGCGCUUGGGAUAGCAAGCGACGUCUCGGGGUGAAAUUUGUCUUGCAGUUGCUUCUCCACGGGCAGGUCAACGCUGGCUGAAAUGGAUGAGCAAAGUGUGGAGAGUAUCGCGGAGGUUUUCCGCUGCUUCAUCUGCAUGGAGAAGCUGCGGGACGCGCGGCUGUGCCCCCACUGCUCCAAGCUCUGCUGCUUCAGCUGCAUCCGGCGCUGGCUGACAGAGCAAAGAGCCCAGUGUCCACACUGUCGCGCGCCGUUGCAGCUGCGGGAGCUGGUCAACUGCCGCUGGGCGGAGGAGGUGACCCAGCAGCUGGACACGCUGCAGCUGUGCAACCUCUCCAAGCACGAGGAGAACGACAAGGACAAGUGCGAGAAUCACCACGAGAAGCUGAGCGUGUUCUGCUGGACCUGUAAGAAGUGUAUCUGCCACCAGUGCGCUCUGUGGGGGGGCAUGCAUGGAGGGCACACCUUCAAGCCGCUGGCUGAGAUCUAUGAGCAGCACGUGACCAAGGUGAACGAGGAGGUGGCCAAGCUGCGGCGGCGCCUGAUGGAGCUCAUCAGCCUGGUGCAGGAAGUGGAGAGGAACGUGGAGGCGGUGCGCGGGGCGAAGGACGAGCGUGUGAGGGAGAUCCGCAAUGCGGUGGAGAUGAUGAUCGCCCGGCUGGACAACCAGCUCAAGAACAAACUCAUCACCCUCAUGGGUCAGAAGACCUCGCUCACUCAAGAGACAGAGCUGCUGGAGUCUCUGCUUCAGGAAGUGGAACAUCAGCUGCGCUCCUGCAGCAAAAGUGAGCUGAUCUCCAAGAGCCCAGAGAUCCUGCUCAUGUUCCAGCAAGUGCACCGGAAGCCCAUGCAGUCCUUCGUCACCACACCUGUCCCACCCGAUUUCACCAGUGAGCUGGUUCCAGCCUAUGACUCAAGCACUUUUGUCCUGGCAAACUUCAGUACGCUGAGACAGAGGGCAGAUCCCGUGUACAGUCCACCUCUGCAGAUAUCCGGACUGUGCUGGAGGCUGAAGGUUUAUCCAGACGGGAAUGGUGUGGUGCGGGGGAACUACCUCUCAGUCUUCCUGGAGCUGUCAGCUGGACUGCCCGAAACCUCAAAGUACGAGUACCGAGUGGAAAUGGUGCACCAGGCAUCCAGCGACCCCUCUAAAAACAUAAUUCGGGAGUUUGCCUCAGAUUUUGAGGUGGGGGAGUGCUGGGGGUACAACCGCUUCUUCAGGCUGGACCUCCUAGCGAGUGAAGGUUAUCUCAACAUGCAGACAGACACCCUUGUGCUGCGGUAUCAGGUGCGAUCGCCCACGUUCUUCCAGAAGUGCAGAGACCAGUACUGGUACAUCAGCCAUCUAGAGUCAGCGCAGACCAGCUACAUUCAGCAGAUCAACAAUCUGAAAGAGAGGCUGGCGAUCGAGCUGUUCCGCCGGCAGAAAUCUCGCAGCUCCUCCCCGCCCGAUCGCCGCCUGGUCACCCCGGCGUCCGAGAGGGACCCCCGGCCGGGGAAGGGAGGCGCGGCGGAGGACAGCAGCCGGGCUGCAGCUGCCGAGGCCAAGGAGGAGGAGGAAGAGGAGGAGAAGACCCAGCACGACGACUCCAACGAGCUGUCGGACGGGGAUUUGGAGGUGGACUGCCUGACGGGCGACGAGGAGGUCAACCCCCUGGACGGCAGCAGCACCUCCGGGAGCUCCACGGCCACCAGCAACACAGAGGAGAAUGACAUCGACGAGGAGACCAUGUCUGGGGAGAACGAUGUGGAGUACUCCGGGCAUCUGGAGAUGGAGGAAGGGGAGCUUCCAGAGGAUGCGGCUGGGGCAGCAGGGGGUUCGAACCCGAGCGCACGCGGCCUGCGGCGUGGGGCGUCUGGCCUGGCCUCUGCCCCCAGCAGCAGCAGCAGCCUGCUGGAGAUCGACCCGGUCAUCCUCAUCCAGCUGCUGGACCUGAAGGACCGCAGCAGCGUGGAGUCGCUGUGGGGGCUUCAGCCCCGCCCGCCCGCCUCCUUGCUGCACAGCACAGUUCAAGUGCACUCCAGGAAGGAGCGUGAGCGGCGGCCGCAGGCGGUGCGGCGGUCGGCCCCGGACUCCGGGGUCCUGAUCCGGCUCAAAGCCCAGAUGGCGGAGGUGCGCAGCAAGAUGACGGACGUGAAGAGCCAGCUGGAGGCGCGAGGGGGCGGGGAUUCGAGGGCCGGACCCUCGGGGCCGGUGGUGGAGCAGGGGCCCCCCGCGGACUCCGACUCCAGCAUGCGCCGGAAACCCACAGACCUGGAGCUGCUGGGGAAGGGAGCUGUCGCACCAAGACACUGCCGCAACGGUGGGAAGAAGGCCCCCUCCCCGAAGCAGGAGGCCGGCGGCGCGGCGGGCGGGCUGCCCCUCCCGCUGCGCAGGGCCGCGGACGCUAUGGACAAGGAGCUGAGGGGCCAGGGCGGGGACGCUGCCAGCGACAGGGAGCCCUCGUCCAGUGGAGAAGGGGCCCUGAAGCCGCGCAGCGCGCACAGCUCCCCUCCCUCCCUGGGCAGCUCCAGCUCCUCGGACAAGCCAUCCAGCUCCAAGCAUGACGAGCCGCUGUACGGAGCCGCCGGCUCAGACCUGUUCGGCAUCGCCGGGCUCAACGGGAUCGUGCCCAUUGCCAAGUCGCGCAGAGCUCCAUCCAUGGGGGCCGGCUUGCUGACGGACAGCUCCCUGGACUGUGACCCAGAAGGCACCAGCGAGAUCCGGGAGUCCCUGCUGGCGCUCUCCGAAGGGACUUCCUCGCGUCCUGACGAAGGGCUGCUGUGCCAGAAGCAGACGCUCCACCUGCUGCCCGGGAUGAGCAGCGACAGCGAGAUCGAGUGCGACACCGAGAACGAGGACGAGGCGGUGGCCCUGGAGGCCGGAGACUGCCGCUACGACACCCGAGCCCUGCCCUGCCCAGGGGACCAGCUGAGCUCUGAUGACUUGAGCUUCACUGCAGGGGAGGCGACUGAGAGGUGAUUCCUCUCCCAGACCGCCGUCUGCAGUGCUUCUACAGAGGGGCACUCGUGCUGCUGUACAGAAUGCACAGUAUUUGUCUGAAGUUCAUCCGCUCUUGUGUGCUCGUAGAGUCUUGCAUGCGGUUUCUCAUUUUCGGUCCCACGGUCACUCCGUGACACAAGUGCUACGAUUCCGUUUAGCAAACUUCAUGAUGAAUGUCGACUGAAAAAUAUACGGUCACUAAUAACUCUUUGUAUAUAUGUGUAAAUGGAAGAGAUGUAAGAUGGUCUUGGGUAAAUGGGAGACAAGGUAUUUUGGGAGAGAAUUUACUUAAGGUUUGUGCAGCAUUUAAGUUGCACUGCCUUGUGCAGUGAGAUGCCAGUCAUCUUGGUAAACGCAUAAUUAAAUGAAUGAUUUAAAAGACACAUCAGUGGGCUGCUCUUAAGUACUUUAAAGCAGAAUAACUCAAAGGCUUGUUUGCUGUAAUGUGUGUGUAAGCAGCUUGUUGGCUUUGGAGGAAGGUAAAAUCCUGCCAUGGCUCCUGUUGUUCCAGCUAUUUUUUUCCUGAAAUGUGUGGUUCAGCUGGCAGUUGUACCUGAUCAGAGCUCACUGUCCCUUGGCUUGUGGCCAUGAAUUGAAGGAAUUGUGUAGUGAGUAAGUAACAACAAACUGGCUACUAUGAUGGCUAAAAUAAUUCUCAGUCAUUGGCAGGGGCUGUAGUCAACCUCUAAAGCUCACUGCAGGUGUGGUGCACAGCUGGAGUAGGAAUAUGGGCCUUUGCUGCUUGUAUUUAAAAUGCUUCCCUGUAGACCUUGUUGAUGUGUCUUGGUAUGGCUCUGCCACCUGUCCGUUCAUUCUGAAGUGUCUUUUGGUGUGAGAGGAGAAUGCAAAGCGUGCAGGAUGUGGCCCCAUGGAGACGGUCAGAGCGGAGACAGGUAAACACUAAUCUGCCUAUGUUGUACCUACUGUAUAGUCCUGAUGAAAAGGAACCAGACAUGCUGCUGUGAUGGACCUGUCUUGUACUGCUAGAAUGUCUACAUAAUCUAUGGCCUGUGUGAAAGACGAUGGGUUUGGCUUGUGCCUGGACAUGAAUGUGUGGAUUGGAUAUGAUAUUUAAUUUAUUGAACCUCUGUGCGCUUCUGUUUGUAGUCUUUUGAGAUGCAGUAUUUGAACUUAGUGCCCAGCCUUGGACAGUGUCUCUCACUUAAUAGACAUUACGGGCAGGGGAAUUGCACCGUUAUCCUUGAAUAUUAACAUUCGUUCUGUCGAGAGAGAGACUGUAGAGAAGCACAUCUGCUUCUCUGCAUUUCCUGUGACUAAGAGUGCUGUCAAGUAGGCGUAGGUUUGUUACAGCUGUCAGGGACUCAGUAGAUCAUUACUACUUUUAACUGUAAUUGGGUAUUUUCGGACAAAGUUUACAUCUGCCAGGGACCAUUCUUGUCCAUUCUUAUCUGUGCUGUGUGUACAGGAAUUCCAUGC